GGAGACGUAAACAACACUAUCGGGAUAUGUUUCACCAAGACUAAAGAGAUCUGCACGAUAGCCAACAGUUUUUCUCGUAAUAUUUGUUAUGUCUAAAGAUUUAAUCCCGUGAAUUGGUCCAUCAUAGUUGGAUGUCUGGAGUAAGUCGGAAUAUAAGGCAUAGACAUAAGAGGCAUCUUGGGCUAUAAGUGUGACAAGUUGUAGUUUUGUAUCGUCAAAGAGGUUUCACCAUGAAGAAGCUGCUGGUUCACUCGGCCUCCCAGCUGGUCACUGUCUCGUCAGGAAGGGGAAAGCUGGGCGGAUCCGACAUGCGGUGUGUGGACGUCUUGCAGGCUGAGAAGGGUCGAGGAUUAAGUCUGGUGGUAGAUGCACAAGGGUUGAUUGAGGGAAUAGAUUAUGACGACGUGAUCGCCCGGGCAUAUGGAAAUUGCCAAUUUCAAAACACUGUUGACGCCACUGGUCAUUGUGUUAUACCAGGUUUCGUUGAUGCACACACCCACCCAGUGUGGGCUGGAGACAGACUUCACGAGUUUUCGAUGAAACUGGAAGGCGCCACAUACAUGGAAAUUCACCAAGCGGGAGGAGGUAUCCAUUACACUGUUGACCACACUCGCAAUGCCUCGGACGACGAACUAUUCAAAGGCCUGUGCGGAAGGCUGCGUCAGAUGCUCCAAGCAGGGACGACGCUGGUGGAGUGCAAAAGCGGAUACGGGCUGGAAGCGGAGACGGAAUUGAAACAACUUCGUGUUAUCGACAGAGCGAGGAUGGAACUUCCGGUUGACAUCUCCAGCACGUUCCUGGGUGCACACGCUGUUCCAAAGGGCAAAUCGUCAGAAGAAGCCACAAAUGAUGUACUCAAUGUCCAACUUCCGCGCUUGAAGUCCCUCAUGGAUAAUGGCGAUUUGAAAGUUGACAACAUUGACGUUUUCUGUGAAAAGGGAGUUUUUGACCUGCAGCAAUCUGGCAGAAUAUUGCAGGCUGGAAAAUCGAUUGGUCUUAACCUGAAUUUUCAUGGGGAGGAGAUAACUCAACUAAAAUCUGCUGAGAUGGGUGCAGAUCUAGGAGCGCUGGCUAUAAGCCAUUUGGAGGAAAUCUCCGAUGAUGGUAUAUCAGCAAUGGCGCAGUCUGGAUCUGUAGCAGUGGUUCUUCCCACUACAGCCUACAUCCUCCGGCUCAAACCUCCACCUGUCCGCAAAAUGAUAGACGAAGGGAUAGCCGUAGCACUUGGGUCAGACUUCAACCCUAAUGCAUACUGCCUUUCUAUGCCAAUGGUAAUGCAUCUCGCUUGCAUCUUGUUCCGAAUGAGUAUGUCCGAAUCUCUGGCCGCGGCGACCAUCAACGCGGCCGCCGCUCUCGGUAAGGAAGACACGCAUGGCUCUCUGGAGGUCGGCAAAGUAGGAAACAUGGUCAUACUUGAAACGGACAGAUGGGAAAACAUUAUAUACCAGUUUGGCUGCCAGGAGAAGCUUAUCAAGUAUGUGAUCACUCAUGGCAAUGUUGUUUGGCAAAAUUUCUAAACUCUCAUCAGGCGUGACCACAGCGUCUCAUGCAAGUGGUUUUUCUUUAUACGUGGACAUGCUAAAUAUUUCUAAAUAGACUAGGGUAUACGGAACAUACUUGAUUCUGUGGAUGCAAUCACGUGAUUAACCUCUUGUCCAAUGAGGUAUGUAUGCAGAAGCAGAGUAUAUAUACUAGUUGGGAUACUUGUGUGGAGUUCUUAGAAACACUAUGGAGAUAUUGAUUAUGGACUAUUAGAACGCAUGACACGAAGCAGACAAAACACUGACAUGGAAGCAGUGACGACAGUGUGUGUCUUGUCAAGCGUAGCUUGUGGAAGCAGCGACGACAGUGUGGCAACUGUAGCCUGUGCACAACUAGCCUUCGGAAGCAGCAAUGACAGUGUGUUAACUGGAGUCUGGGCACACCUAACCUUUGGAAACGGCGACGAAAGCCUGACAAAUGGAGUUUGGGCACACGUAGCCUUUGAAAGCAGCGACGACAGUGUGGCAACUGGAGUCUGGUUACACGUAGCCUUUGGAAGCAGCGACGACAGUGUUAUAUUUUGAAUGUUGUAACACAUACAAUAUUCAAACUUGUGAACCAGCGAGGGCAAUGUGAAAACAGACAUCUGAUGACACAUAACUAGGGAUGUACGGCCACAUGACAUAUUCACUUUAGCCAGGAUCAUGUCUACGCUUCCAUGACUGAUCCCAUGCAGGUUCUCACUCUCAUAUUGUUUGCCAGAGGAGAGGUUUAUCUGUGAAUGUUUCCAAGAAUCAUGAACCAAGAGAAGCCUAGUGGUCUAAGGUGUGGUAUUGUUUUCUCUCUAUGUUGUAUGUCUUAAUUAUAUUAUAAGGAAUCA